CGUAAUGCGCGUCUCUACGGCCAUGGAGUCCUUUUUUAAAAUAAGGCGUGAUAGUGUUUAGGGCCAUGGCAUUCGGAUGCAUGUAGAAAUCUUAUUUGCAUGUAGAUAUUGCAUCUUUACGGUCUCACUACUCAUCCAUCAUGACUAUCAAGUGAGUGCUGAUAUCAAUUGACCUCUACGUGCAUGCAGUCGAUGGCAAAUACCAUUGACCUUGGCAAUUGGCUGUCGCAGAUAAUACCGCAGACAAUACCGUAGACAAUACCGCAGACAAUACCGCAGACAAUACCGUAGACAAUACCGCAGACAAUACCGCAGACAAUACCGUAGACAAUAGACCAUGCCUCAACUCGUCCCGAGGCAAAAGCUCAGCGCCGUAGCAGAGAUUCCGGAAGCGCAUGGCACCUUCCUGCCGGGAACCCGCGCCCAGCACGGCUGCCUGUCCAAGGUCCACCGCCCAAACUUAGUCAUAAUUCUGCCUGCCUGCAACUUCAUGUGCUUUUUCGCGCUUUUGCCUCUAAUUCGAGCAAUUCAGCCUCAUUUCCGGCUCUCAGUCCUACAUAGUCAUCCGCCGUCUGCUGAGCGGAGACCUGGCUGCCUGCGACCUGCUAACUGGAUACGACGCCCGAGACGAGGCUGCUGCCCGUGUGACUGUGACUGUUCCCUUCAGCUCGCGACAUUAGACGCCCGCUUCAGCCCAACAGCUGCAGCAAUACGACGUCCACGUGCCCUUGGCGACUGCGCACUGUCUCUUCGGCACUGGAUGGUGGGGAAUGGGGCCGUGGCGUCUGUCAGUGUCUUCUGGACGUUCCCCAGAGGUUGAAGCGACGCUCCUCAUCUCUCCACGGCCUCUGGGUUGCCAUCCGAUGGUGGGGUACCGUCUACAUGGCGGUUACCUCGAGCUGUUGAGCCUCUGACGAAUGGUUGCGCCGCUCAAUAUUCGGUGUUGCCGCCAUUGGCG